AUGCCUGUCGAUCGCAGCAGCCCAACAAAGUCUAGCUCCCCGUCCAAAGCUCGCUCCUCGACUCGUAUCCGCGCCACGCCUACGUCCGCUCCGUCCAACUCUCAAAAAUCCCCAUCCGCAACAGCCAUCGGCGCAGCUGCCACCGACGCUCCCACCAUUGGCAGCGCCAGUGCCUCAUCUGCAGUUGCAUCCUCAACGCUGCGUAGAAGUCAAAGGCUUUCUACUGCUACAACGAACGCUGACGAUCUCUCCGACGCUCGCAGCGAGAGCUCCUUCUCGUUCAACAGCCAGCUCUCAGCUCCCGUAACGCCUGCCACUGCCAUCUCCGCCUUUGCCUCUUACCCUCCCUCCACCAGCCGCAAAUUCAUUGCCUCUUCUCCUGGUCGUUCGCCGACCUCUCCAUCUUCCACCUUGGCGCCUCCUCAUUCCACCCCAUCCAGGGUCGGCGCUGGCGUAUCCGCCUCCACCUCUUCGUCCCUCAACUUUGCCCCCAGACCCAUCCCCGCAAAAAAACGAAACGGAAAAGGAAAAGGAAAAGAAAAAGCCGUCACAGACCCUUCUCCUGCUCCAAUCGCUUUGUCCUCGUCCCCCUCCGUUUCGGCAUCUGCUAAAGGAAAGCGUAAAACUUCUAGCGCCCCACAAUCUGCCACUCUGUCCGCGUUGACCGGCGAAUCGAGCAGCAAGCGUCAGAAGACUAUUCCAAAGCCAACCGGCUCGAGUAACCUUUCUUCGAGUUCCGCCUCCACCUCGCCCUAUUCCCUUCGUUCUCGCCACAAGACCUCCACCACAGACGCUUCAUUGGCUUGCAUUCCCACCAUGACCGGUGCCAACUCGAAUGCUUCUGAUGCUCGCAGCUUGGCUCGAGCCUCAUCUGCCAAGCCCAAGACAUCUGCGCCCAAGUCCAAGCGUGCUUCCGCCAGCAGCUCUACCCGUGCCACCCGUAGCACUCAGCCACUCGAGUGCUCGGACGCCUCUGGCUCGCUUGGUGCAGAUGAGGACGACGACGUGCACAUGUCCGAACUUGGCGGCGUCCAUGGUGCGGACGCUUCCAAGAGCCACACCAACGCACCCACAGGCAUAGUCGAACAAUCAAGCGACGACAACGUGAAAAACAACGCUGCAGACCUGCACAUCGAUGAUGAGCACCUCAACGACCUUGAGCAUGACGAGGAUGAGGACCACGACGAGAAUGAUGAGGAUGACCGCGACGACGAUGAUGAGGAUGAUCACGACGAUCAAGACCAAGACCACGAUGGUCAUCUUCUUCGUUCCUCACGAGCAGCCGCCGUGCUUGGAACGUUUGAUGAUGAAGACGAAGACGAUGACGACGCCGACGCCGACGCCGACGGUGAUGUUGAUGGCGAUCACCCCGACCACGCUGGCGGAGUCUUCGGCCUCAACCUGCGUGCCAUGGCUGGCUACAUGUCGGGCCUCUCCACCAAGUUUCGCAGCCUUCUCUCCUCGUUGCGAAACGACAUGAACGCCACGACUCAGAUGGUUGCCCUCCAGGAGUUGUCCGAGCUGCUCAGCGUCAGCACCGAAGACACUCUCGCCGGCUACUUCCCUACCGACUCUUUUGUCAAAGAGCUCGUCUACAUUCUCGGUGGACCCAAGCCGGAGCGCAACGACGUUGGCGGCAAAUCCGCCAAGAUCCGCAGCGUCGACGACGAUCUUGACGACGAGAUGAAGGCUGUCCUAGCUGCCGCCGCUGCUGCCGCCGAUAUCGAAGACAACGGUGAAAAGAUGCUGCUUGCUUGCCGCUGCCUGGCCAAUCUCAUCGAGGCUAUGCCCUAUGCUGCUCACAGUGUCGUCGCCAGCGGCGCCAUCCCUGUCCUCAACGCCAAGCUCAUGGAGAUCACGUUCAUUGACCUGGCCGAACAGGUUCUACAGACGCUCGAAAAGAUCUCGCAGGACUAUCCCAGCUCCAUUGUUAAGGAAGGCGGCCUAUCUGCGAUUCUCCAGUAUCUCGACUUUUUCAACAUCCACAUCCAACGCACUGCUAUGAACGCAGCUGCCAAUUGCUGCCGCAGACUCACGCCCGAGUCGCUCACCAUGGUUCGCGACGCGAUGCCCAUCGUUCUGAAUGUACUCACCUACAGCGAUCAACGCCUCGUCGAGUCGGCAUGCAAGUGCGUUGUGCGCAUCGUCGAAAGCUACAGAGCACAUCCAGAGCUGCUCGAGCAGCUCUUGACCGGUCAACUGCUAGCCGCUCUCAACAAUCUGCUCCUGCCAGCCUCUUCGUCCACGAGCUCCAAUACCGCGCUCGGCACCAGUGUCUAUACCGAUGUGCUCAAAGCACUCAGCACCGCCUGUCGCAGCAGUCCACGUCUGGCAGUGGUGCUCCUCGAGAACAAUAUUGUCGAAACACUCUACCACCUGCUUACUGGCUCCCCCGCUCCUACUGACUUGGCCAGCGGUCCUUCAACUCACGGCGUCCAGCUCGAGUACGAGCCAGCUUCUGGUCCGGACAGUGCUGCCGAAACAGCUGCCAUUGCUGUUGUGUCAGACGUCGACGCCGACAUUGCCGGCUCUUCUGUCGCCGUGGCUGACAUGGCCGUGUUGCAGAACUUGGCGCAGCGUCCCAAGGAACAGAUUCAGGAGGCUCUGUCGUUGGUCGGCGAGUUGCUCCCUCCGCUUCCGCGUGAUGGCGUCUUUGAUCCUCGUGGCUACACCGAGAAGGCCUACCUCAAGCGCGUUGCCGCCAAAAAGCCAUCUACACGUGAAGGCAACGCCUCUUCGGCUGCGACUCCUUUGCCUCCGUCACAAACUGACAGCGAGCAGGCGCCAUCCGACGUUGCCGCUCCUGCUGCGACCGGCUCCGCUCGUCCAGCAUCUUCGCGCUCCAGCUCCACACGCAGCAAAGCGUCUCGCACCAAGUCCGAGAAGGAGGUGGCGCGUGAGGCUGCUCAAGGCAAACGCGUCGAGAUGCUGCAAUCCCGCACCGACCUUGUCAAGCGUUUUGCCCACCUCGUUCUGCCCACAUUGGUCGAGGUCUACGCUGCCAGCGUUGCGCUCCACGUCCGUCACAAGGCAAUCAACGGCAUUCUCAAAAUCAUCAGCUUCGUCGACCCCGAUUCGCUCGAAGAGGCGCUCGACAAGGUGCCGCUCGCCAGUUUCCUGGCCGCCAUCCUCUCGUCGCGCGACCAUCCGACGUUGGUCAAUGGCGCACUCCAAAUCGUUGAGCUGCUCACCGAAAAACUUCCCUCUGUUUACACACCGCUGCUCCGACGCGAAGGUGUCAUGUGGGAGAUCGACGACAUUGCAUCCCAGAAGCCCUCGGCUCGCCCAGCAAACGUCGAGAAGUCGACAGGCGCUACAGCCGACACUGAGCAAAGCACCACUGCUCAGCCUUACACUCUGUCCCGCUCUGGCGCGGACCCUUCAGUUGUCGAUGCCGCCCUAGACGCUGCCGGUAUGAGCUUGUCUUCGAGCUCUGCCUUGGCUCGUCUCAUCGCGGCCACCCAAGGCUCGAGCCAAACAGUCCUUACGCUCGACUCGCACGGCAACCGCGUUUCGUCGUCUUCUUCAUCGGCUUCUGCUUUCAAUGCGCAAAGCUCGACCGAAGCGACAGACGCCGGCAUCUGGCGAGCUCGUGUCUUGCGCGACAAAUUCUCGGCGGAGGCCAGCUCUUCGGACGGUGCGCAGAGUGCAGCUCAGGCGCUUGAUCACAUCAAGGACCUCGUCAAGCGUCUUUAUGCUGCUGCUGCCGAAGGCAAAGAGACUGACGCUCAAGACGUGCUUCAACAAGUCGCCUCGUUGUUUUCUCGCAGCCAGGAUCCGAUCUCGAGUUUCGAAUUGCUUAGAUCCGGCUUGGUUGAGUCCCUCUAUUCGUUUGCUACCCUCAGCGAAGGAGACAUCCCCUUGCAACGCAGGCGUUCGCUGCUCUUCGCAUCGUUGAUGGACACGGACGCCAAAACAGGCCAAAACGGCGCUUCUGUCCUGAUUAGGAGGCUGCAAGAAGCACUCAGCCGUCUGGAAAAUGUUGAAAUCAUCACCGCGCUCAGCGGUGGCAGUGACGACAUGCGAAGAACUCCAAGUGCUAUGCUUGGCCGUCAGCUGCGACUGCGUUUGCAGGCAGAGGAUUCGACCGAUAUUCCGCGUAGCUGCAACAAUAUCAUUGUCACGAUUCAUGCCGUUGCUACUUUCCAGUCCUUGAGCGACUAUCUGCGACCCAAGAUUGCCGUCUCGCUUGGUGCAUCUGCAUCAGGAUCCGGCUCUGGCUCUGGCCCUGGCCCCGGCGCUGCAGGCUCGUCUGCCUCAUCGCGACUUUCGUCCGUUCUUGCUGCUUUUGCGGCUGCAACUGGGUCGGGUGGCUUUCCCGAGCUUAGCGGCGGCAGCAGCAGCAGCAGCGGUAAGGACGCCCAUGCCUCCAGCUCAACCGACAAGACAGCGGUCGACGAGGCUGAUACAGAAGCAGGCAGCUCGAGCAGGACGGGCGACGCACCUGCCGGUAAGGCCGGCAAGUGCAAGGACAACAGUAGCGGCAAGACAGAGCAGAAGCAGAAUGGAGCUUCCAGCUCUUCCACAGUCGGCAAGGAACAAGAAGCGGAAGCUCGUGAACAAGCUCGCGCCGUCGCUCGACACCUCUUUGGCGAGGGGGCAUUUCCCUCUGCUGCAACUGACGCCGACGGAACGGCCAACAACGAUGGCAAUGCCAACAUAGCGGGCGAUAACCGACGAUCCGAUGAGGAGCUUGCCCGUUCGCUUAUGGAAGGUCUGCUUCAGGGUGCCGAGUUUGACGACGAUGAAGGCUUCACCGACGACGAAGGCUUUGACGAGGAGAUCCUUCAGAGCGAAAUCCCGUCCGACGGUGCCGGCGGUGCAGCUGAUGGCCUAGCAACCGCCAACCAAAUCGACAUUGGAGACAAGACGGUCAAUCUCGACGUUGAAAAGGAAGGCGGAAAGAUUGUGGCCAAGACGCCAGAGGGCACUCGGAUUGCGACGCCCAGCCAUGGUGCCAGCACUCCGAAAGCCGCCGAUGGCGUUGGUACCGGCACUGCUGCAUCGGGCUCGUCGACUGCAAGCCCGACCAAGCCAUCGUCGUACGCGUCGGCGCUGCAGAAGAAGCCUUCAGAUUGGCAUCUCGAGUUUUCAAUCGGCUCGGAAAAGCUCAGCGUUGACACGACCAUCUACGGAGCAGUGCAUCGAUUUGAGAGCGCGCAGGCGCGAAGCCAAAAUCAGAGCUCUUCUGCCAAUGCGGUCUCAUCGCUGUACAGCGGGAGCAGACACAUCUGGAGCAACGUAUACACGGUCCGAUACAAGAAGGUACCAGGUGCCUCCGCCAAGCCCGCUGCGGAACCGACGCCCGAGCCCGCAUCGGCCGAGAACGCCUCGGUGGAGCUGCCUGGCUCGAUCAAGGAAGAUGCGCCGUACGCCAAGCUGCUUCAGCUGCUUGCGGUACUGCACUCGCUCAACAUGGAAUGGCGAGAGGCUUCGCGUGCAGGCGUGAAUGGCACCGGUGCGGGCAUCAAUGACAAGACUAUGCACGCUCUGUCGGCGACGUCUGCGCUAGCCGAGUCGGUUUUCGUCAACAACAAGCUCACCGCCAAGCUCAAUCGCCAGCUCGAGGAGCCUAUGAUUGUCGCGUCCGCUUGCUUGCCAGCUUGGUCGACGGACCUUCCUAAAUUCUUCCCGUUCCUGUUCCCCUUCGAGGCGCGCUUCGCUUUCCUGCAGUCGACGUCGUUCGGCUACGCACGUCUGCUGACUCGAUGGCAGGCGCUGCAUAGUCGCAGCCAGGAGCCGGGCAGCACCAGCUCGUCGCGACUGGACGACUCGUUUGGCUUCCUCGGUCGGUUGCAGCGACAAAAGGUGCGCAUCUCGCGAGGCAACCUGCUCGCCUCGGCGUUCAAGGUGUUUGAGCUGUACGGAUCCAACUCGUCGGUGCUGGAAGUCGAGUACUUUGAAGAGGUUGGGACAGGCCUGGGCCCAACGCUCGAGUUUUACUCGCUCGUGUCCAAAGAAUUUGCCCGUCGCGAUCUCAAGCUGUGGCGUGACAGCCGUGCUGGUGGGUCGGAUGCGGAUGGCAGUGCAUAUGUAUUCAGUCCGCUGGGUCUGUUCCCAGCUCCGUUGCUGGCGGACGACGCGAAGGACGAUGACAGUGACGAUGCAGGAUCGGUGCAGAAGCGUCUGCAGGCGUUCCGCAUCCUGGGCCAGUUUGUCGCCAAGGCUCUGCUCGACUCGCGCAUCAUCGACUGCAAUUUUUCGCCCGUAUUCCUGCGUGCGGUGUUGAACCAGCAUGUGGCGCCUACGCUGGCAACCCUGUCGCGCGUUGACGCUACACUAGCUAGAUCGCUGUCAGCGAUGCGCAAGAUGUCAGCGGGUGAGAUAGAGUCGCUCGGGCUCGAUUUCACCCUGCCCGGCUAUGAGUCGAUCGAGCUGCACGCUUGCGGUCGAGACGAAAACGUCACAAGCGCCAACGUGGAGCGCUACAUCUCCGAGGUGCUCGACAUGACGCUGCACAAGGGCAUCCGUGCCGCUGUACGCGCGUUCCGCCAAGGCUUCAACUUGAUCUUCCCCAUCUCGGCCAUGUCGAGCUUCACAGCGGAUGAGCUUGUGAUGCUGUUUGGCAAUACAGAGGAAGACUGGAGCGAGACGACGCUGGUGGCAAGUGUCAAACCGGACCACGGACUGAACGCCGACUCGCCCACGUUCCGCGACAUUGUGGCCAUCAUGGCGUCAUUCGAUGUGGAUCAGCGACGCGAGUUCCUGCAGUGGCUCACUGGUUCGCCCAAGCUGCCUAUUGGAGGCUUUUCUGGCCUACACCCGCAACUGACGAUUGUCAAGCGUCCGCACGAGGCGCCAUUGACGCCGGAUGACUACCUGCCGAGUGUGAUGACUUGUGUCAACUAUCUCAAGAUGCCCAACUACUCGUCGCGCGACAAAAUGCGCGAACGUCUGCAGACGGCCAUGAAGGAGGGCUCGACCAGCUUUCACCUAUCCUAG